GCCUAGCUAGACUGGGCCAGCUAAACUAGACCGUUCCACGAACCUAGGUACUCUAUUGUCCGAUAGUAAAUACCGUUCUGGUGGAUAUAGAUCCCCCAUGCUUUUACCCCAGAUGAUAUCUUCUGAGGUUACGACUUAGGGUACCAGCAGCACGGUCACACAGGGAUACAGUCCCACGCUAAUCCAAGGUCUUGUAUAUGACCAACCUCCCUCGCACACAUGUAGCAUAGCAUGCCAAGGUAACCCACGAGCUCGGUCAUGUAUGGCCGGUAGGUCCGUGAACACGAAUAUAUACAUACAUGCGUAGACGAAAUACAUAUUAGCUACCUAGAUUCACGCAUCGAAGCGCUCGCCCCCCCUCUCCCCCAAAAGAGAAGUUUCUAAUGCCAAUCGGUGUGGGAAGGGUGCUGCAUUCGCGAUGAUGUGCUCAGGCCUUCUCCAAUCUUCCGUCAGAACCCUUACAGUGGCGGCCUUGGCUGCUACUGCAGCUUCUUCUACGUCAGCUGGGAGUAAUUACGAUAACGACAACACCAACAACAUCAAUCAUGACAAUAUUCGUAGGCAGACCGGCGACUCGAAUUGCCAUGAAGACACCUUUGCCAGCGUGCUUCCGACCACGGCCAAAGUAGAAAGGGUCGAGCACAUCAGCGCCGGUAGCUCAUUCGGCGAGCCUGAUACGGAUCUUAUGUACCCGACCCCGCCGACGAACUUACCAGAACUGUGCGCUGUUAUCAUCUCCGUGGUUUCAUCCCCCAUUUCUUCAUAUAGAUAUGGCAUAUUCCUUCCCGCGGACUGGAACGGCCGCUUCCUCGCUGUUGGCAAUGGAGGGUUCGGAGGCGGUAUCAACUGGAUGGACAUGGGCGCCGGUGUUAGGUACGGGUUUGCCGUCGUAUCAACUGACACGGGCCAUAACUCAACUACUGCUGAUCUGCGUUGGGCCCUUAACAACGGUGAGAUGAAGACGGACUGGGGCUGGCGUGCUCUGCACGGAACUGUCGAGCAAGGCAAAGACCUCGUUACAACGUACUACUCAAAACCCAUCAGUCAUUCGUACUAUAACGGGUGCUCGACAGGCGGUCGGCAAGGCCUUAAAGAGGUGCAAAUCUCGCCCGAUAGCUUUGACGGAGUGCUAGUUGGUGCCCCGUCUUGGUAUACGAGCCAUCUCAAUACUUGGGUUUGCAAGGUUGCCACGUAUAACUGGCCCACCAGCGCACCCAAGCAUAUCAACUGGCAGACGCUACCGCCUAUCGGCUCCGAGGUCGUACGUCAGUGCGACGACCUCGACGGCGUGAGCGACGGUAUCAUCAGCUCUCCAGAGAAGUGCAACAUCAACUUCGACGCGUUGCGAUGCAGCAACGGCAACAGCGACGCCAUAUCCGACUUCGCCACGUCUAGCAACUGCCUGAACGACGCGCAGAUCGACACGUUGAAAAAGAUGUACGCGGGAUUCACCAUCGACGCGACGGGCGAGAGCGUGAUGCCGGGGCUCCUCCCGGGGUCCGAGAACCAGAUGUACACGCUGCUCAACUACUCGGACGCGAGCCCGUACGGGCUGGGGUACGUGCGGUACUUCGUGCUCAACGACCCGAUGUUCGCGGCGGCGCAGUACAACGACUCCCUGCUGCGGCUCGCCGAGGCGCUCGACCCGGGCAACGCCACGGCCGACGGCUACAACCUGACGACGUUCCGCGACCGCGGCGGCAAGAUGCUGCUGUACCACGGCGCCGCCGACGGCCUGGUGCCCACCACCGCCGGCAGCCUGUACUACGAGCGCGCGGUGCAGGCCACGAGCGGCGGGGACGUGGGCGCCGCCCGGGCCUUCUUCCGCCGGCUCGAGGUCCCGGGGAUGCAGCACUGCGGGCUAACCGCCGUCGGGGCGCCGUGGGCGAUCGGCGGCGCGGGGCAAGCCGCCUUCCUGGGAAACGACACGCAUUCGGUGCCCGGGUUCGCGGACGCAGGGCACGACGCGCUGCUCGCGCUCAUGGACUGGGUGGAGAAGGGGACGCCGGUCGACCAGGUCGUCGCGACGGCGUGGAAGGAGCAGAAGGACGCGUCGUCGGGGGUGCUGAGGCAGCGGCCCGUGUGCGCGUAUCCGGAUACGGCGACGUGGGAUGGGAAGGGGAAUAUGGAUGAGGCCGGGAGUUGGAGUUGCGGUUCCGGUGGCGGCAGCGGUGGCGACAACUCUAGCCAGGUAGAGAAUGGCGCGGGUUCAUUGGCGUAUAUGAACCCCUUUUCGGGUAUCGUGGAUGUGUUGAGGACUUUUGGUAUAUGACUUGAGUAGAGGUGUUUGUUUGUAGUGGUCUCAGUUGGUUGAUUUUAGAUUUAGUGAGCGUGCUAUAUGGAACGGGUUGGUUGUAUGCUGUAUAUAGCUGUUAUGAAGACGUAUGAAGAUGUAUGUAGCGACUUAGAGGAAGAGCAUCCGCAGUGAAUGACUGGGUAACUCAUACCACCGCGUUUAUACCCAGUUCCCUUAGGUCUCUGCUCAUGGAUUUAUAUGUUUUUACUUAGACUCGUGCAACGAAAUGCUCUGGGCGAGCCUAAACGGGUAAGCUAAAGGCCUAAACGUUACUCAAAAUUGCCUCUAGGUAGUUAGAGAUCU